AAAUAGGACUUUUGACAGCUAUUCCAAUUCUAGAUGAGGAGGUUGAGAUGGAGAGGACGACGAGGAGAAGUAUGAGGUUGAGAUGGAGAGGGAGAGAGAUAGCGGAGGAGGAGAAGAAGGGUUGAAGAGAUUGGCGAGAGCGAUUGAGAGGUUCGGGGAGGUGUAUCAGAGAGUGGAGGCCGAGAAGUUGAGGCAGAUGGUGGAGUUGGAGAAGCAGAGGAUGCAAUUCGCCAAUGAUUUGGAGGUGCAGAGGAUGAAUAUGUUCAUGGACACGCAGCAGAGCAACCACGGCGAGCGAUCGGGCUCUAAUGGUUACAGUCCAUAUACCAUGAAGAGGGCAUUUCCAUGGGAUGAGCAGGUUGAUGUUAUAUCAUCAGAUGACUCUUCUUCCUCAGACAUGGAGAUGGAAACCAAUAUUGAGUCUGAUAGCAAGCAGUUAACCAAUAAUACCACAUCUGAUCAACCUGCCAAAGAAAGAACAUCCGAAGGUGCUUUGACGCGAAGGGCAGAGAUGUAUCAGGAGUACAUGAAGCAGAUCCCGAUCCCAGCGCACCGUGGCUCUGUUAUCCCAUUCACCUCAUGGAUGGGGUUAGGUAAAUCCAUUAAGCAGUUAUAUGGACAACCUUUGCAUUACCUCACCAAUAUUCUCCUAAAACAGUGGGACCAAUUGAGGAUGGGCAGUGAGGAAGAGUACAGGCCCUUGGAUACCAUAAUUCAUCCGUGUAAAGCCGAAGCCACCAUCUGGCUCAUGGAAGAAGUCCACCGGCACACCUCAUCUCAUUAUCAUAUAGCCAAUCUCUGGCUAUCAGAUCCGAUGCACCAUGCCUUUGUGGAUUCCAUCUUUCCGCAGUUAAGAAGCAAAUCAUGAAAGGCCUUUUGGUUUUACCAACUGUUACAUUCUGCUUGUUAAUUUUGUCAUGUAAAAUGUUUGUUAAAUUCGUAGAUUUUUUUGGGUCAAUAAAUUCGUAGAUUUGGUCUCUUUUUCUUU